AUGGCUAUGAGCACACUGCCCGCAGAGGGACCCGAUGGAGGGUAUCGGGCGUGGCUCGUCGUCUUUGGAAGUUGGUGCUGCAAUGUCAUCAUAUCUGGCUGGCUGAACGCAUUGGGUGUCUUUCAGGACUAUUACUCGACUGUGUUAUUCCCUGGCCUGCCUGAAAGUACCGUCGCUAUCAUUCCGUCAUUGGUGGAUUUCAUGAUCUUCGCAGGUGGACCAAUAUUCGGCCUCAUUUACGAUAGGUACGGUCCACGGCUUUUGCUCUGCGUAGGAGGGUGUCUGCAUGUGAUCGGCAUUCUGGCCGCCUCAGUAGGCAGCCAGCAUUUUUAUGCCCUGGUUCUGUCUCAGGGACUUUGCUCUGCACUUGGUGCAAGCAUGAUGCUAUACCCGGCGAUAUCAUCGAUAUCAACUUAUUUCACCAAACGGCGCGCACUUGCCCUGGGCAUCACAUCAACCGGUGGCUCAAUAGGUGGCAUCAUUUUCCCUCUGAUGUUUGAGAGCCUCGUACCAGUGAUUGGCUUCGGCUGGACCAUGCGAGCGUGCGCCCUGUUCAUUUUCAUUUUGGCGGUUGUCGCGAACCUUACCGUCUCUUCUCGAGUUCCGCCAACUCCCCGGCGUUUUCACGUCAAAGAGUACAUCGAACCUUUUCAGAGCAACUCCUAUCGCCUCCUCAGCUUGAGCAUGCUCAUGUAUCUGGGUCUGUUUCUACCCCUGACGUAUAUAAUUCUCCAAGCAAGACAGGAGGGCAUGUCUGAAUAUUUGGCUGGCAAACUGGUGGUUGUGAUCAAUGCCGCAAGUUUGAUCGGACGAUUAUUGCCUGCAUGGGCUGCCGAUCACAUUGGCCGUUUCAAUACUGCGAUUAUCUUCAGCUUGCUCUCCACAACUAUGGUUUUGGCCUUUUGGGUCCCCUUGAAGAACAAUGAAUCUGGUAUCAUUACCUUCUCUGUGUUAUAUGGCAUAUUCUCUGGGGCUGUGAUCGCCCUUACCCCCGCGCUGGUUUCCCAGAUCAGCCACGUACAUGAAAUAGGGGUGCGAACUGGCAUGUUGUAUGGUGUGAUUGGCCUAAUCACUCUGACCAGCACACUGUCAGCAGGUGCAAUCGUGGAUGACCUAAAUGGUCAAUUCAUUGGGCUCAAGAUAUUUUGUGGUGUUUCUAUCGGCCUUGGAGCUUUGUUUCUGAUCUGGACGAGAGUUUUCAUGACAGGUUGGAGGCUGAAAGCUCGAGUAUGA